GACCCUAAUCAGAAGGAAAAAAACAAAUACCUCCCCCCCCUCACCCACCCAAUUAAUAGUAUUUGCUGAGCACACCUACGAACCCAUUCACCCUUCGCAAUCAUGGCAUUCACACCAGAACAAUUCUUCGGCUGGAUCCUCGCAGUGGGGGUAAUAUUCUUCACCUUCGUAGCUCUCCGCUUCUACGUCCGGCGGAACCAAAAGUUCAACAAGUUUUCCAUCGCCAGUGACGCUUUCCUUCUCACCUCCACCGCAUUCGCGCUCGUGACAGUUGGCUAUAUGUGCUACGAGUCGCUGCACGAAAUCGAGGUUCGAAGUAACCAUCCGGAAUGGAAGGAAGCGGAGAUCUACCACAAGAUCUUUACGGAUAGGGAUGGUUUGAUUCUCAAGGUAACUUUUUUAACAUUCCCCAAUGCCAAUCAUCGCGAGGAGAGAGAGAAAGCUCACUGAUUUUUGGGGAUGGGGGCGGUGGGGUGGGAGGGGAAGUUUGUAUAUUUCCUUGGGUUGGGCUAUAUGGUCGAGCUGUGGUGCAUCAAAGCGGCUUUUGUCCUGUUCUAUUGGAAUUUGUUCUCCAAGAUCCAGGGUCAGAAGAGGUUCGCACUUUAUGCCACGAGCUUCUUCAUUCCGGCUACGUUUGUAGUCGUUAUCAUUACCUUCUUUACCCAUUGUAGGCCCGUGGCCAUUUCCUGGUAUGUUCGUGUGUAUGCGUGUGUGAGCCAAGUGUGUAAGUAUGAUAAACUAAUAUUUAGAUAGGGAUUUAAAACUUAUCCUAAAGCAUGGCAGACGGUGUACUCCAAACACAGCAAAAUCGGUACAAUGGCUAUUGAGUAGCUCUAAUAUCAUCACUGACCUCAUGCGUACUUCUCCCCUCCUCCUCGUCCCAUUCUGUCAUCCGAAAAAAAGAACUAGAAUCUAACAAAAAAAAAAAAACAAGUAAUGGCGGUCCCCCUCCUCGUAAUCCGCUCCUUCCGCCUCACACGCAUAGACACCUACGCAGUAGCCUUCGUCUUCCUAAUAGGCAUAAUCUCCAUCAGCGCAACAAUUGUGCGAAUUUUCUACCUCAACCAAACCGGCGUCUUCGAGCCGGACUUCCACGGGAACAUCACGCUACAGCAACAACACCACUUCGAGCUCAUCUCCUCCGUGGAGGUUCUCGCUGCGCUGAUAGCAUUCUGCUUACCGGCGUUCAGGUUCCUUCUCAAGGUCAAUUUCGUCAGGGGAGGACCGGGUAUUAGCUCACUAAGCUGGGCGAGCGCGAGGUUUAGGAGUGUGGGGGGUGGUAGGGAUGCCGACAACGGGAUUUAUCCCAGGAACGAGCCCAAGGGGAUCGAAGAGGCGAUGAGGGUGGAUUUGGAGGGUGGCAGGUUUGCAGUGCAGGGGAAGGGGGCUCCUAGCACCGAGAUGAUUAUUAUUAGGAAGGGUUCAGAAGAGGAGGGGUCAGAGGAGGAGGAUGGAGAGAGGAGCCCGCCGAGAGGUACUCGUACAAUUUAACGCUGCCGGGAGGUGCAACCGGCGGCCUCCCUAUGCACUCGUGGGACGUGGGGCUUUGAUGAAAUAUCAUACAGUAUGAUUUACGAAUUUAUGUGUUUAUUCCGAAUUCCA